AUGCCAAACGUCUUCGCUGUACCAGUCUUUUUCAUCUGCUUCCGAGAGUGUCUGGAAACGAGCAUCAUUGUCUCCGUGCUCCUUGCCUUCCUCAAGCAGACCCUCGGCCCCGAACAUGACGCGACAGUCCACAAGCGACUUGUACGCCAGGUCUGGUACGGUGUCGGCGCAGGUGUUCUGAUCUGUCUGAUCAUUUGUGCUGGUGUCAUUGGUACUUUCUACACCGCCGGACGGAAUUCCUUUGAAAAAGCAGAAAACAUCUGGGAAGGCGCUUUUGCGAUCCUAGCGAGUGCCAUCAUCACUCUCAUGGGAGCUGCACUACUCCGUGUUAGCAAACUACAGGAUAAGUGGCGUGUCAAGAUUUCCAAGGUGCUCGAGCAGAAAGACUCGAGACUACCCAUCAAGGGUAGGCUGAAGCGAUGGACUGAGAAGUACGCGAUGUUCAUCUUGCCCUUCGUUACUGUGCUUCGCGAGGGUAUUGAAGCGGUGUUGUUCAUUGCAGGUGUAGGGCUCGGCGCGCCGGCGACCAGCUUUCCUCUUGCCGUUCUUUGCGGUCUUGGUGCAGGUGCUCUGGUGGGAUUCCUCAUCUACAAAGGCGGCAACAAAACGUCUCUGCAGAUCUUCCUCGUUAUUUCGACGUGCUUCCUCUACCUCGUGGCUGCCGGCCUGUUUUCGAAAGGCGUCUGGAACCUCGAACAGAAUGCUUGGGUCAAGCUCGCGGGAGAAGGUGCAGCAGAAGCAGGCGCAGGGCCAGGUAGCUACGACAUCAGGAAGAGCGUUUGGCAUGUCAACUGUUGUUCGCCAUUAGACAAUGGUGAUGGUGGUUGGGGCAUCUUCAACUCCCUCUUCGGCUGGCAGAACAGCGCGACGUACGGCUCGGUCAUCUCAUACAACCUGUACUGGCUCGUCGUCAUUGUCGGUUUCGCUUUUCUUGGUUGGAGAGAGGGCAAGAACGUUCCCUCAAAGCAUGCCCAAGUCGAGAGCGAUGCUUCUAGCGAGGAACGCGAAACCACUGGAAAGAAGACCAGCGAUGAAGGCGUCAUGACUACCACUGCUGUAAGAAAAGUGCAGUAG